CAUAAAUGUGACAUAGUAGAAUGUUCAGAUAGCAGAAAUUAAAGACACCAAAAAAGAAAACUUUUGCUUUAUGUUGGGGGUUGGAAUUUCUAAUAAAUGCUACUGCAUUAUAGUGAUCUGAAUUAUAUAAACCUUUCAGUUUUGGAUUUGCAUUUUUUUUUUUCAGCUCUAGAUGGAUGGCACAAGGCUUGGUAAUAGAAGAGGAGCUGGAUCAGUUAAAGAUGCAGUUAACUUGUAUGAUGAAAGGCUUGCUGGUACUGAUAAUGCUCCUUCAUUGAAGCCACCUUCAAGAACAAGAGAGCUACACAAAGUGAAAAACGAUAUUGGCCGGUAUAAAGAGAGCAGAUGGACAGCAGAAUCUGCGAAAGCUCGGGCAGAAUCCGAGCUUUCUAAUGCGAAGAAGACAGUGAAAAGUCUGUCUUCUUUGAUCGAGGAAUCGAGUAACAAGGCGAAGAUGCAAAUGAGAGACAUAGCAACACUAGAGAGGAGGAGAAAGAACCAAGAUGGUGCAUUGGUUGUAAAAAGGAAUGAGCAUCAUGAGUAUGCUAAUGUGAUGAGAGAGUUGGAAUGUGUUAAGAGGGAUUUAUUCAAGCUUAAGCUUGAUGUGGCUUCUGUGUUGGAGCAGAAGUCCAGAGCCGAGAAAGAAUUCGAGGAAUCAAGCUCCAAGAUGAUGAAUUGUUCAAGAACUGCAGAAGGGCUUAGGAAGGAGAUUGAGGAAGCCAAUGAAGAGCAAGUUCUUGCUGAAAUUGCAAGGAUUGAAGCCUUGAAAGAGUUGGAAGAAAUUGAAGCACAAAGAAGAAAGGAAGCGAAUGAGCAUGAGGCGAAAUUGGAAAGCAUGAGGAAGAAAAUGAAGCAGGCCAUUGAAGAGAUAGAGGAAUCCAAAGAGCUUGAAAAGAAAUUAGCUGUGACUAUGUCAGAUGUUGAACUCUUGCAGAAUGAGUUGAACUCAGUUAAAGAAAAUGAGAAGAGGGCUAAAGGAGAUGAAGGUAUUAAGCAAUUUGAAGCAGGUUUCGCGAAGGAAGAGGAAUCAGAAGGCACUGCUAUGAUGUCACAAAAUAUAAAAGAAGAAUUGGAAGCAGCAAAGAAAGAACUGGCUUUGAUUAAAGAAGAAGGUUUUCAGUUUAUGGUGUCUAUGGAUGUCAUAAGAAAUGAGUUGAAUCAUGUCACAGCCGAGACGGUUCGCUUAAAGAAGGAAGAAGGAAAAGUUGAUUCAACAGUUCUUAAUCUGAAUUCCAAGUUCUUAAGAGCAAAAUCUAAACUAGAAUCUGUGUCUGCAGCUGAACAGAAGGCCAAAUCCAUACUCAUGAGUCUAACACAUACCCUUGAUAAUCUCAAGACUGAACGGGACGAUGCAAAGAAGGAAAAGGAUCUGAUAAGUCAAGAGGUUACAGCCACCAGUGCAGAGAUACAAAAGAUUGAGUCUGAGAUUGACAUCACUGAGGAAAGAUUGCGAGACGCCAUGCAAGAGCUAGAAGUAGCAAAAACUUCAGAGGCUUUAGCCUUAGAGAAGCUGAAGACACUUGCUGAGAACACAAUGAGAGAAAGAGCUUCAUCAUCACAGCAUGGUUCUGUGAUUACUAUCUCAAAAUUUGAGUAUGAGUACUUAACCAAUCACGCCUCUGCGGCCGAGGAAAUUGCUGAUAAGAAAGUAGAGGCAGCUCAGGCAUGGAUUGAAGCUUUCAAGGCCAGUGAGAGAGAAAUACUAAUGAAAACAAAAAUAGCUCAGAAAGAACUUAAGGAGACCAAAUUGAUGGAAAAGCAAGCAGAAGAGAAGUUUCUUGCAAGAAGGGUUAGUAGUGAAGAGUUUGAGAAUUGGCCAAGGAAACGUGAAAGAAGUAAUUCCAAGAACUUCCAGAGAGCCAUGUCUAGAAGGAGCUUCAAAUCCAAUGGCAGCAUAACUCCUGCCAGGAGAAUGAAGUUUCAAAAGUCCUCUUCGCCGGCUGCGACUCGGCUUGUUAGUCCUUUCCCGGUUAAGACUAGAAAGAAGGUAAUCCCAAAUUUUGCCAAGUUUUUCAGAGGCAAGAAGAACACUAGGACAUGAAAAGCAAAAUAAGAAAAAUAGGACUCUUGUAUUUUAUAACUGCUGAAAUUUUGCAGCAGAGAAGAGUUUGAGGCCAACAUUUCUAAAUUCUAAUAGUGUUAACCAUAUAAUUGAUUCCUAUCAUGGAACUAAGUUUUCCUUUC